CAUCCAUCCAAUACCUCCUCACACAAGCGUUCAACCACAACCACAACCACAACAACAACAACAACAACAACAACAACAACAACAACAACAACAACAACAACAGCAACAACAACAACAACAACAACAACAGCAACAACAACAACAGCAACAACAACAACAGCAACAACAACAACAGCAACAACAACAACAGCAACAACAAUCAUGUCGCCGAAGCAACCCACCAAGUUCGCACCCUUCUCGCUGCCCAAGCUUUUACGGCCCUCGGGCAUUCUCAAGAAGACUCAGCCAAAGAAGUCUCCCGCCACCACCACCACAAAGACCACCACCAAGACCACCACCACCACCGCCCAGACCACCGCCCAGACCACCACCGCCACCACUACCACCUUGGUCACCACCGCCACCGACCCGCCCUCCCCGCUCCCCGAGCGCCCGCAGCCCCCCACGGCGGAGUCAAUGCUUGCGCAACGCAUUCGCGAGUCGCUAGUGGACGACCACUCGAUCGACCAGCGUAUCAGCGUCGAUGAGAACGAGCAGCUGCUGGACGAGCUCACGGAGCGCCAGCAGCAGAUACGCUGGGCGAUCGAGUGGUGCAUCGGCCUGGAGAACAGGUACGACGUUCCCAACGGGGACAGAAUUUACCGUCCGCGUCCGCUCAAGAGGGGGAGGGGUUAUUCCCCCAGCAAGGCCGCCAGGAUCAUUAUGGUGAAGAUGUGGGAGAGGGAGGAGGAGGAGGAAGAGAUCUUCCUGUUUUAUUUCGCAUGCAGCCCAUCUAAAGUUCGUGGGUGGAUUAGAGGGAUAGCAAAUUGAAGAUUAAAUCGAGC